AAGUAGUAGACUGAUGCCCAGUCAAAAUGUUUACCUUCACAUGCGCGAAUGCACGAAAAUGGAGGGACUUACUGUUACGUACAUAAUUGAUGCGGUACACCACAAUUUUAUAACUUAAUGAACGUGACUAUCACAGUACUGUCAGGAUGGUACAUAUACCAACAAGUGUCCUAAAGAAUGUCGCUGCCUUCGGCGGGUUUUGUUCUUGGUAGUGCGUUCUACAUGACCGAAAAGAUUCAAGAAAGGUUCAGGAAGGAAGACUAUUAUCGUCUACCAAUGAAGAUGCUGAGGAACUAUCAGCCAGCAGUGGAGGCAUUUGGUCAGCCACUAGUCAGCAAGAGACUUGACCUGGGUGACACACAACAUAACCGAGUGGAUGGGCUGAAUGCCAGUCUGCGUAUACCAGUGAAAGGACCCAAGGAUAAAGGCAGUCUUUACGUUCAGGCCAGCAGACUUAGUGGUAAAGACAGUUGGGCUGUUGACCAACUGGACCUGGAACUGAAGAGCACUGGUCAGCGGUGGACGUUUUAUAGAAAACCUGUAGAAGAGCCUGCCUCUUGACUCCUUUGUGGUGUUUGCCGUGUGAUAAUAUGAAGACUGUCCAUUACUUCAUCAUGAACCAAGCUUGACUUUAUUGUGUACACAGGUUAUGUUGGAGUACUUGUCAUAAGAACAGUAGCCGCUUCUCGGGAUGUUUAUCUUCAGUCCCCAUACAGAGAAAUUGCUUUUUUGUGUGUGUAAAAAAUCUGUCUUUGAGCUUGAAGUCACCAUCAUCAUGUUAAUACCAGUUAGAUGGCUGAUGGUGAGGUAGCCUACUGGUAAUAGUGUUCACUUGUCAUGUCUUGGGCCAGGUUCAACUCUCAAUAUAGGUACAGCGUGUGAAGAACAUUUCUGGUUUGCCCUGAAAGCAAUAAUUCUGGAAUAUUGCUAAAAUCAGCAUUAAUCCCAAAUCACUUCUGUCAUGUUGAUCAUGUUUGUUACUCCAAAAGAAAGAAGUUUUUAGUUGACAAUUGUAUCGAAUAUAAAGUGCUGUAGGUGAGCUGGAAAUUAAUGUAUGUAAUAUACAAGAUGUUUUUACUGACAUUAAAAUGUAAGAACAUUCUAAAAAUGUUAUUAAGCUUAAUAAACAAUAUUUAU